AUGGCUCACAUCGAGACCAAGGACCCGUUCGGCUUCGUGGGCUCUCACGUCGUGCGGAGGCAGCCCAAGAAGGGCGGGGAGGAGCACGGGUGGCUUACGCGCUACGAUGAGACCUUGGACUGCUACACGCUGUUCGUGCCCGGUGGAGGGGAGCCUAGGUUGCUCGCACGAGGAGAGGUGAUGAAGUUCCUGUCGGCACCUAACAUCGAGCUUCACGACGACGACCAGGACGAAUUCCCCCCUCCUGUGAAGGACACCACUACUAGUCGGUAUCUUGGUGUGAAGCUACGCCGGCCUCGGCAACGAUCAAGUGAAGGUGAAAGCUACGUGGACGAUGACGUUCGCGGUCAAGUGACGAGCUUCUUGCCGUUCGGUGAUCGUUACUGUGUGGAGUAUGAGGACGGGUCGACAGAAGAGGUGUCGGAGUCGGCUGUCAUCGACGGCAUGCUCGCACUGAUAAAGUCGCCGUUCUUCUCGUCGCCUAGCCGGAAGAAGACACGAACUGGGUCUAUCCGAACCAGGCAAGGCAGUGACUACUUAGAUGAUAAUGAAGUCGCGCCAGCUCGACGGAAGCGACCGCGCGUCGAAUCUGUAAGCGAUGUUGGCGUCGAACCGAUCCCAGCUGAAGACGUAGUCACUGUGGAGGACGAUUCUGAAAAGCAAAAGGAAGAUGAUGUCGUUAUUGUCGAUCAAACGGAGCCGGAAUCUAGCGUGAGUGAUGAAGCCGAGCCGGCGCCUAAUAUUUUGGAGAUUAUGAGCAGCACAAUGGGCAGCGCUACUCGAGAAAAUGCGCUGGAAAUGGCAAGUCAUCCCGUGGAAGAACCCAUGGAGGUUGGUGAUGGAGAUCUGGCAGAUCCAGAUGAUGGAGUGGAGACUGUCGAGAGUCGAAAAGAACCGGGCCCCACUGCGGCUGCAGCUGAUGCAGCAGCGUCGGACGCGCCGCAAACCGAGAAGAAGAAAGAAGUACCGUUUUAUAUCAUUGACAAGAAGCCGCACGAGGCCACAGAGCCACUCCCGAAGCGCGCCAUGGCCUUCGAGCUGUUACGCGCUUCACUGCUGAAUCUACUGGACCGACGUGAGGCGACUGCCGUGAAGAUGGCUAUGCAGUAUGACUUGCUCCGAAACACUGAUGUUCGAGAUCGCGACGCCGUGAUACGCUUCAUGGAGUCUGAUGGCUUGGUUGUGCUGAAUCACUUGUUGAACUCGUUCGCGACCGAAGUUCUUGAUGACGAGGAUGAAGAGUCAAACGAAAGCGAUGCGAUUGAGUCGCCGGAAAAUAUUCGCGAGCGGAUGGAGCGUGACGAUGAGCUGCUCCACGUGUUGAAAAUUGUGGCGAUGCUUCCGACGCCUGCAAGAAAUGACGUGAUCGCAUCAAACAUUGGUAAAACGAUCAACUACCUGAGUAAAACUCGUGGGCCGCCAGGGCGGAAGAGCCCCCUACCGAAAUGCAUCAUGGAUCUCGCGAAAUGGAUCAAAAGCUCCUGGAUCAAGAACAUCCCGGCAGCUCCGAAGACGUCAUCACCAAAGGCGGCUACGAAUACUCAAUCGGCACCUAGUCGACCCCAGCAGCAAGCUCGACGUGGUGGACGCGGAGGUUCGCUUGGCCGUCCGAGCCGACGACAACCGCCAUCACAGCGACUACAGCGCGAAGCCUCAUCAGCUCCAAGGCAUCCACCGGAGUACCACCAGGUUCCGAUAGAUAACACGCCGAUCCCAAGACUGACACGGCCUCCAUCUCAACAGCCACCGCCGCCAGCUGCACCCGCACAAGCCCCGGUCCCGCGUCGUGUGACCGGCGGCCUGAAGCCCGACUGGAUGAGGCAGAAGGAGAAUCUGUCACGCUCGCGCUUCUGCAUUGUUGACAACACCAACGCUGACACGAGACUAUACCACGACAGCAGAGCACGUCCGAUCACCAACGUGCCUGUGGUUGCCUCGUCGUCUCAAGUGCCCACGCAACCGGAUCCAAAUCCAGACCAGCCCGAGGAUGCAGGAGGCCCAGAUGGAGUCUUUGGACGACCCCAGAGACUCCGCUUCGGCAAACGGUGGAGAACACAAGAGUUCAUGAUAAAUGACCCCCCUGGUAUACUGACGCAACCCCCGGGGUCGUACUCGAUGCCCUCCUAUGGCCGCUCACAAUACUCGGACGAGUAUCCAGUGUUAGUACCUCGAAGUUUAAGACUGCAGGCCAGUUAA